AUGAAGGCCGCACUACCUGCGAUACUAGCCUCUGGGACUGUAUACCCUUCCUGGGGUUCGGGGUGGAAACAGGUGGCGCAGCAGACGAAACAGCAGCAGCCGCAGCAGCAGCAGCAGCAGCAGCAGCAGCAGCAGCAGCAGCAGCAGCAGCAGCAGCAGCAGCAGCAGCAGCAGCAGCAGCAGCAGCAGCAGCAGCAGCAGCAGCAGCAGCAGCAGCAGCAGCAGGGGCAGGGGCAGGGGCAGGGGCAGCAGCAGAUGCAGAUGCAAGCGCAGCCGCAACAGCAGAAACAUCAGCAGCAGAAGGAGGGGCAGUGGAAGGGGCAGCAGCAGCAGCAGCAGCAGCAUCAGCAGCAGAAGGAAGGGCAAUGGAAGGGGCAGCAGCAGCAGCAGCAACCGGGGCAGGGACAGGGGCAGGAGCAGGGGUUCAUGCACCUGCUUACCAGACCCUUGGGAGCUGCCCAGUUUGGCCAGGGGCAAACACCGCUGGUGACACAGCCCUACAGUCAGUCCAAUCCUGAGGAUGUCCCCUCAGUACCAGCUUCAGCGUUAAUUCCGAAAGUGCCCCUGCCAUUCCACCCGCACGUGCAAUGGGUGCAAGACACUCUGCAUCUGGACCAGAUUCAACAGCAGCAGGAGCCAAAGCUACAAUUGGAGUCUCAGCCGGUGCAGCAGCCACAAGGGCAGCUCAGGUUGGACCAACUGUCGGCGCAGCUGCAGCCACUACUGCAGGGACAGACGCAAGCCGUCACAAAAGAUAUCGAAAGCCAAUCCUCUCCGGAGUCCACACGCAAGCGCACCAUACGCAGCCGGAACUAUACCCAACCAGGGAAGUACCGUGGAGUGAGGAAGCGAGGCGAGGGUCGGUUCAUCGCCGAAAUAAAAGACACGACUUUCGGCGUGCGCAAGUGGCUGGGGACGUUUGCCACUGCAGAGGAAGCUGCCCUGGCGUUUGAUCGAGCCGCUGUGCAGAUUCGAGGGAAGAAGACGAAGCUUAAUUUUCCAGAGUUGAUUCUGGGGGGCGAAGGAACCGCCGGGCAGGAACCUGCAGCACGAGCGAUAAUGAAGAACGAGGAAGCUUCUGCAGAGAAAAUUAUGGAACCCCCUUGUAACCUGGAGGGGAGGAUGUCUGCCGAGCCGGUGGCUGAGGGGGCAGCUGGGCGAUUGGGUGAAAACGGAGCCUGGCAAAGUGCGUAUGGAGAGGCAAUUGCUACAGCUGCACAGGCAGCAGGUUGCAAAGCUGUAGCUACAGCACAAGCAAUAUCGGACACGGACGUGGUUGGGCUCACGACCUGUGCAGACAGCAGCACUGUCAGUGGAAGCAGCUCGAGCAGAGCUGGCCCUUCCACCUCGUCUGCCUCCGCGCCUGCAUCCAUCCUCUCCAUUCCUCCGACCAUGUUUCUACCUAGAGAACCGUGUUCUGCAGGCUUGGAGCACGACGGGCGUUUCACAAAGGGCAUAGACAGCAUGCUGGUUGCCGAUGCUGGUGCUGGUAAUGGCGGUGUGAAGGAGGAAUGCAGGCAGGAGGAUUUUUUUCUGGAAGAGGUGAACAGUGGAGGUUUAGAGGUUGUGCAUGGAAAGGGAAUAGCGGAGAAGGAGAAAAUGGAUCUUGGAAGUGAAAUCAGAUCCGACGGAGAAUUUCGCAUAGAAGAUUUGGAUUUCUAUUUCCAGUCGCCUCACCCACUUCAUUCACAGCUCCAGUUUCCAAUGGCGUCAAUGCAAUCACCACAGACGCACGGGGGAUGGUUGUGGCAGGGGCAGCAUGGCCAGCAGCAGCAGCAGCAGCAGCAGCAGCGGCACCAGCAGAAGCAGCAGCAGGUGGAGCAGCAGGUGCAUCAGGAGCAACAACGCCAACAGAUGGUGCUUCAGAAGCAGUCGACGCAGGACGAGAAACCACCUCAGCAUAUUCCUGCCUCCUCACACCCGCUACAGUCGUGGGCUAUCACUGCUGCCAUGCCUCUCUCCGCAGCCAUGGCUCACCGCAGCAGCCCCCCACGCCAAGGCAUGUCAAGUCAAGCAAUGGCAGAAGAGGCCAGCAAACCUUCCGAGCUACUUGCACCACGUCGUCCUUCAGCAACACACUUCUCGUGGGACGACUCAUUCCAAGAGGGUCAGCUGAGUGAAGGGGCACAUCAUGUCGUCACUGCGCUGGAGGUGAUGUUUCCCAGGCUACCAGACCAUGCAGUCAAGCAAAGGCCACCACGAGAGCAUGGGGCGUCUCCAUAUGAUGCAAUGGAGAAUGUGGUGCUCGAUGGUAUCAUGCACACUGGAGAGCUGCUGCGUGAGAUGAAUCAGCAACACGUGCAUGAAGCGGUGUUGGGUCCGCUAUGGGAUGAGCCGCACGGUAGCACAGCAGUGCAGGCGGCAUGGGACCAGUCUGCGAGUGCAUGGAGCACAGAGGCAGUGGGGAGUUUGGUGUUGAGUGAUGCAGACCCGUUUGAAGCGCCCAAGGCACAAGCCAUGGACGAGCUGUGGCCCAGUGACGUGCAGUUCACUGCUGUUGGCAUGUCUGGUCCCUCUGCUCCUGUUGAACAACGCCUACAGCAGCGAUUCCAGCAGCAACAGCCGAACGGUCAGCAGCACGAUCACCAGUAG